AUGACGUGGACAAUCAUCUCUGUGCGAGCCCCGACCUACAUCACUGACCAUCCUCACAACUCCCGCUUCCGCACAACUGAAGAUGCCGGACUUCCUGAUGAUCGUCCUGCUGUCGUUUACCAGAGUGAACACAGUACGCCCAAGCCCGUACCACUUCCGCCAGACGGCAGCCUGUGCAUCACGACGGACCAUUUUCCCAACGACCGCAGCGUUGGCUUUGUCUUUGACAGUGAGAGUGGCGAAUGCGAUGUGCUGCUUCCGUCCGAUUCGGUCGGCAUUGGCAAGCAGCAGUUUGCCAUCACGUUCAAUACAGCCACGGGUGCUGUCAUAUUGCGCAACCUAUUACGGAGCUAUCACACGAAUAUCCGCGUAGAGGGCCAGCAACUCACCCGACCGUGGGAUGACUGCGUUAUCGGCUCUCCGCAGUACAUCUCCUUCCUCUCAAAGCUCGCCCAGGAGACCCCAAACCUAAGGGCGAUGCUAGGUGACAUCAUUGGUAACGGGGUCUCCUCCAUCGUAUACUUUGGGUCUCAUAAGGUGACUGGCGACGUUGUCGCGAUUAAGCGCUACGACGACAACAGCUCGGCAGCCGCGGCGGCAUUCAAGGAGAUUGGCAUACUUGCCACGCUGAGCGCGCAUGCGCUGCACCACCUACACAGCCAGGGAAUCAGUCACCGCGACGUCAAGCCAGAGAACAUCCUGAUCAUGACCCGGUACCCUAUACAUGCCAAGCUCGCUGAUUUCGGAGUGUCGAGCAGAGCCAGCCAACAUACGACAUAUUGCGACACGGGGCGGUAUGCGGCACCGGAGCUUGCCCGGCCGCCGUACACGGUAAAGGUCGACAUCUGGUCGAUGGGCGUGAUUGUGAUGGAGUUGUGGAUGGCACUUCCUAAGCAGCCUGAUAACACGGCUGAUAGAGACGAGUGGACAACUAUUGGAUACUUUGACUGGCAAGGAAGGAGAAUUGCAGAUCGCCUCGACCGCGCCAUGGUCAACUUGACGCAGCUGCUCGAGGCUGCCGGUCAUCACCGCGACGUGCUAAAAACGGGCGCCAUUCGAAAUCUGCUCCCCAGAGACGCACAGCUUCCGGGUAGCGCGCCGAACCUGACCGGGCCCUUCGUCCCCUUCGACGCCGCCCUGGAGGUGUGCAUGCACCUCGGCGUCGUUGCUUCAAGCUGA